CCUAUAUAUAUAUUUAUAUAUAGAUAUAAGAUGUGCGACCAACCUCUGCAUCAGCUGGUUCAAAAACAGAAAUCUUAACCUAAAAAUGCAAAAAUCUUUCGAGUUAUCAAAACAUGUGUGCAAAUCUACGAAAAUGGUUGAUAAAAAUGUUGAUGAUUUCAAAGUUAUUUGAUUUGUGUUGAAUUUAUUAAAUUUAAAAUGAAUUCAAAGAAAAUGAUUCCUAUCCUGACAAAAGAUUCAGAAAGUAAAGAUGGAGAAGGUAGAGCACUUAUCAAAGUUAUGGAUCGGCCAACAUUUAUUUUAAAAACUAGGGAAGGUGAAAGUAGAGCAGUGUCUCCCAGUCAACGGAAUGGCAACAAAAAAGAAUCUGAUGGCCAUUCAAAUAUUUUAAGUAAAUCACUUGACGCUCGAGCUGUCUUAUCUAUUUGCCCAGAAUUGACCAAUUGUAUUAAAUUUAUGGAUGAAAAUAUGCAAUUGUGUGAAAGUCCAUUGGAUUAUUUAUAUGAUCAACAAGAUUUUUUAGUCGUUGGUUGUAUAGGUGCACAAGGGGUUGGGAAGUCUACAAUAAUGUCUCUUUUGACUGCUAAUUACACAUCUAAUAUUUUUCCGGUUCAAGGAUUGUCACAUCAUGAAAGUGGUUCUAAUUGCACUAGUGGUAUAGAUUUUUAUGUUACGAAAAAUAGAGUUAUUUAUUUGGACACACACCCAAUAUUGUCUGGUUCUGUAGUUGAUUAUUCAUCAUCUUUUGAGCAGAAAAAAAAUACAAGUGAUUUUGUUGGCAAUGAAUCAAAUUUGGAACUCCAGUCUUUACAGUUUAUAGCAUUUUUAUUUUCAGUUUGCCAUGUAGUUAUAUUUGUUCAAGAUUGGUUUGUUGAUCCAAAUCUUAUAAGAUUUCUUCAAGCAGCAGAAAUGUUAAAGCCAUCAUCAACUACUACCAUGGAUCAAGAUUACGUAGAAUACUAUCCACAUAUACUGUUUUUACAUAAUAAAGCAGAAGUUCUGGAUUUUAUGCCAAGCAGUAUAGAAAUGAUGAGAGAUUUCUAUAACAAAACCUUCUCUUCUUCACGAUUACAAACCCAUAGUGGUCUUGAUAUGAGUUUGUGCCCUGUUGAAAAUCAAUUGAAUCUAUUUCUCAUACCAUUAAUUUCUAAAAACACUCAAUCAUCUUUUCAUGAAAAUGAACAGCAAUUAAUUGAAAAAUUAAGGAGAAAAAUACAUGGUGUCACCAGAAAUGCGAUGACACCAUCUAAUCUGACUGAAAAAAAUUGGUAUCAUUACGUCUCUAAAGUUAUGGAGGCUAUUAAGAAAAGUCAUCUUUCUUCCGAGUAUGGCCGAUUAAUGCCUUGAAAUAAUUGAUGUUCUUCAUCUUGAAGAGGAAAUAAACAAGUAAAAAAUGUCAUUUGCUUCUGAUGAAAGAAGAUGAAUGAACUCGGUGCAACAAUUUAAAAUGAGUUCACGAGACUCAUUGGCUACUCGGACAUGGGGUAGGAUUUCCUUAAUCAUUUUGUUGAUAGAUGCUCGAGGCAAAGUCAACUCAUCAUCUUCUGGUGGUGACAUUCCAGCCGAGGCCAUUUGUAUACCUGCAAUUCAUUAAUUAAUGAAACUGGUGUUUAUGCAAAAGUUUUCUUAAUAAAAUCAAUCAAGUUGUUAAAAAAAUUUUCUCAUUUCUCGAAUUAAAAUUAAUUUGUAUAGUACUUGGAAAGUUACUGAACUAAUGUAACUAUUAUUAUAUUAAUUACGAUUAAAAUUUAAAAAAAAUAUAUUUUUUAAAUGCUUCUUAUGA